GCGGGAGAAAGGAGCGUCUGGGGCCGAGGAGCGUCGUUCCCGUUACCAUGGCAGCAGGGCGGCCUCCCUCCGCGGCGCGAGGGCCCCGUCCGAGGAACGCAUGCGCGGUCCGUCGGCUGACGGGGUGUGUGUGUUGUGGAGCCUUCCGCUGUUCCCCCUUCUCUUUCUCGGUAGGGCAGUGUAUCUGUUUGCUGAAUAGCUGAGUCAAGGGCAUGUGGAGGCUGCCUGGCUGUUAUUAGCAGCCGAGCUCUUUAGGGAUCUACAACCCUGCAAGUUUCUUAAACUGCAAGUAGAAAGUCUUCGGGCACUGUCGGGAGAAUGUCACGGAAAAGCUCCAGAGAAUCCAAAAAAGUUAAUGUUUCCAGCUCCUUGGAAUUGGAAGAUAUAAGCUUGGAGACUACAGUACCCACUGAUGAUAUUUCUUCCUCAGAAGAUCGGGAAGGUCCCGUCAAAAUUACUAGACAGCUGAUUGAGAGGAAGGAGCUGCUUCAUAAUGUGCAGUUGCUGAAAAUAGAACUUUCCCAGAAGAACUUGAUGUUAGACAACUUGAAGGUGGAAUACCUGACUAAAAUUGAAGAACUGGAAGAAAAGCUUAAUGAUGCUCUCCAUGAGAAACAGCUGCUAUCUUUACGACUAGAUAACCAGUUGGCGUUACAGCAAGAAGAUGCUCGAAAACAUCAAGAACUAAUGAAACAGGAAAUGGAAACCAUCUUGCUGCGCCAGAAGCAGCUAGAAAAGAACAACCAUCAGUUGAGAGAGCGGUCUGGAGAUAUUCGCCGCAGCUUGCGUGACCUUGAAUUGACUGAUGAGUGCUACACCAAACUCAAAUCUCUUUCAGAAGAUGAACUUUCAAUUCCUGAAUAUGUAUCUAUUAUAUUUUACGAAGCAGUGCAUCCUUUAAAAAAGGAGCUAAAUGAACUACAGGUAAAGAAGGAUGCAGCAUCUGAAGAACUGAAUGAUUACAAAUCCCAGUUGAAACACUUGAUGGAGAACUAUGAAGCAGAGCGAAGAGAUCGGUCAGAACUAGAAGUCAGAUGUCAGCGUUUAACACUUGAACUAGCUGAUACAAAGCAAAUGAUUCAUCAAGGAGAUUAUAGACAAGAGAAUUACGAUAAAGUAAAAGGUGAGCGUGAUGCAUUUGAACAUGAUUUUUCAGAGCUUCGAAGAAAAUACGAAAUAUUGGAAGUAUCACACAAAGCACUAACCAAAGAAAGAAAUGAUUUAUCAAAAGAGGUUGCAACUUUACAGCAGUCUGUUACCUUACUGCAAAAAGAUAAGGAUUACCUCAACCGUCAAAACAUGGAGCUUAAUGUUCGCUGUGCUCAUGAAGAAGAUCGUCUUGAAAGGCUUCAGGUUCAGCUAGAAGAUGCUAAGAAGGCCAGAGAAGAAAUUUAUGAGAAAUAUGUCACAUCCAGAGACCAUUAUAAAACAGAAUAUGAAAAUAAACUGCAUAAUGAAUUGGAACAAAUAAGGCAAAAGACAUCUCAAGAAAUAGAACAGCUUCGAACAGCUACAAAGGAAAUGUAUGAACGUGAAAACAGAAAUUUAAGAGAAGCCAGAGAUAAUGCUGUGACUGAAAGAGAGAGAGCUAUUGCAGCUGAAAAAGAUGCUUUAGGAAAACAUGAGCAGCUUUUAGAACAGUACAGACAACUGCAGAUCAGCACAGAAAGUAAAGUAGCUGAACUGUUCCAUCAAAAUAAACUGAAGUUGUUUGAAAGCGAACGUCUACAGCUGUUGCAAGAAGAAACCUCCAAGAACCUUUCACAGUGUCAGCUGGAAUGUGAAAAAUAUCAGCGAAAACUAGAGGUUUUAACCAAAGAAUUUUAUAAUCUUCAAGCACUGAGUGAGAAACGGAUUUCAGAACUUCAGGCACAAAAUUCUGAGUACCAGGCAAGGCUUGACACGUAUGAAAAGCUGGAAAAAGAACUUGAUGAGAUAAUCAUGCAAAGUGCAGAACUUGAAAGUGAAGAAGAGGCAGAAAGAGUUCUGUUCUCCUAUGGAUAUGGUGCAAAUGUUCCCACAACAGCCAAAAGGCGGUUGAAGCAGAGUGUUCAUUUGGCAAGAAGAUUGCUGCAGCUAGAAAAGCAAAACACGUUGCUUGUAAAAGAUUUGGAGCAUCAGAAGGAACAAGUUGCCCAAAUUUCACAAGAGCGGGACAGAGGUAAUGCGUUGCUCAACCAAGUACAACAGCCUUACAGGUAUCUCAUUGAGUCUGUACAACAGAGAGAUUCUCAGAUACUUUUACAGAAAGAACAGAUUGCGCAGCUUGAGGAGGAUAUUAGUCUUUUAAAUAAAGAAAAGGCGGCUUUGCUGCGUGUCAAGAAUCAAAUGGCAGCAGAUUUAGAAAGACUUCUAAAUCACCGUGAGUUCCUUCUAACAUUCAGCCAGAAGGAACUGGCUGUGAUGAAACAGACGUUGAUUCGUCUUCAUGGUAAACCCCAAGGAGAUAGUUUGCCCCAGAAACAGGGUCAAAAUCUGCAUGCAAAAGCCAUUUCAAAUCCAUCAGUCAGUUUGCCUUUUGAACACGAGGAAGGAAAUGUCUUUGCACCCAAACCAACAUUAUUUACAAACGAAGCUCCACUACAGUACUUGAAGAAGGUAAAGCAGAAAAAAGCAUCUUAGGUUAUUUCAAGAAAUAAAUGUUGAUAAUCAUAAUCAUGUUCUAAAAAUUCUUAAUUACACACCUCUAUUUUCAUUCCCUUUAUUUCAAAUUUAAAGAGAACUUUUUGAAUCGCUUUUGUGAAUUUCAAAAUUCAUAUACCAGCCCUUGUGCUGAAAGGUUGACCUAUUAAAGGCUUUUGAAUUUGUUAAUCUGUAACUGGUGUUUGUUUAAGAGUUCAUAUUUGAAAAUAAUUUUAAGUACUAAGCCAUUUUUGUGUUCCUCUGACUUCUAGGAACAUGAGCAUAUCCUUGUAGGAUACCAUUUUUAAUGCUUCUGUUGGGAAGCAUUUAUGUUCAGCUGCAAGGAAAGCAUUUUCUAUUACUCAGAUUUGGAUACGUCUGCGAUGGCACAUGUUUCCAGACAGGCUCUGUGCCUUUGAUCACACUGUGGAAAGUAGAAAUUCAAUUAGUACAGUUUCCCAUCGCAACAUGGUUUCCUUGAGACAUAACAUCAGCUUGGUGGCCAGGAGGAAAUUACAAGUAAUUCAUGGAAUCAUGUGCUUCCUCUCAUGUUCUCCAAUUCACUUAUUUCCUGGUUUGCUGUUACCUUCCAACCCAAGAUUGGAAACUAUGGUUUGAACCAAUGUUGUAAGGUGGAACAGAAUGUACACAGGGAGAAGGCGGAAUGGGCUCAUGUAACCCAUAAACCAUGGCUUUGCAUUCAUGUUAACAAAGCACGUGAAUCUCUGUGAAUGUAGAGGUGAACAUUACAUGUGUAUAUUCUGGUCUAUGUUGAGCUGCUGACACUCAUUGGGCUGUUCCAUUUAGUUGCCUUGGAAGCCAUGAAACCCUGAGCUGCCUCUGAGGAGUCCUUGGAUAUUGAAGAUCCUCCAAGACCACACCAGAAACUACAUCAGCCAGCUUGGUCAGGGAGGUUUUGGGGCAGCAGGGUGGGCAGUGCAGCAACAGCAUCCUCAACCUGUCUCCUUGACCCCCCCCCACACACACACACCAGACACAGGCCCUCUACUCCAGCUGCUAAGAGGAGAGGCUUCUCAGUGAGGGAGAGAGAAUGAACUCCUAUGAACUAUGAAAUGCCUUCCGUACAAACCCUCUAGUCUGGAUUAGUAUUGGACACAGUACACAGGAAGGCAGAGCUGCAUCAGGUCCCCCAUGUAACAACACAUGCUAGGCCAGCCUCUUCACUCACAGUGAGACCAGGGAUCAACAUUAUGAACUGAGCUGGUGUUCAGUAACACCACUACCAGAAUGUGGAGCUGUAUCACAGAUGGGAAGGAGGUCAGAGUGGAGAGCAAAAUGCCAGCAUCUGUAAACCACCCUCUGAUUUGGGGUGUGUAGUUAAUGCAUCUGGAGUAGCAAUGUUAAAAUAGCGGCUGGGGCUCACAAACGCUUAUGUCACAAUAAAUGGGUUUGUCUUUAAGGCGCCAUGUUACACUCUCUCUUUUUUUGCCUCCUACAGACCCUCCUUGCUAUUCCCCUGAGAUCAGAUCAAAGUGUUGUUUUCAGUGAAAGGAAUGAUCAAAUACCCACUGAAUGUCUCAGCUCUGUUAAUCUGUCCAAUUCUCUCUCAUUGUUAUCGAUCAUUUCGUUUGUCUGGCACACAGUUCGUAUCCCCCAGGUAAUCUGAUUAAGUCAUUUAAAAGCCAACAGUAUGAUUUACAUUAUAAGGCCAUAUGUUGUUCAGAUCUUCUCAAAGCAGUUGGAAGCAUCAAAGUCAAAUCUCAAAAUGUAUAGAUAAUGCAUAUGUACAUCACAAGCUCUUAGCCUCUGUUCUCUGAGCCCCUUCUUUUGAAAUCCAAUUUGCAAGUUUUAUCUUUAACUGGGAGUAAGGAACAACGUAAUGACUCACCUGCAGGAAGCUCAGGAAACUUCUGCUGGAGACAUCGCAUUGCAACUCUGCCCUUGAUUAUUUGGUUCAUUACCAUAUCCAACUCUACAGCAUCCUUUUGAUGGUGCAGCAACCAGAACUACUCACAGUAUUCCGUAUAUGCAGUCACACCAUAGAUUUGUAUCAUUUUAAUUUGGAAUGAAGCUGAAGACUGGAGUCAGGCUAUGAAUUCACACUGCAAUUCGGGGCACUUCUUUUUAAACAAAGCAUAAAGCUGGAGACUUUUAGUAGCUAUGAACCUAUUUUCACUCAAAGUUGGAAAUCCUCUCACCCCCUUUCAGUUGUGCAGUAGGCAGACGAGCAAUAGGACAAGAGUGGCUAUAGCAGGAGAGAGAUGCUUUCUCCAAAAAUGUCCUCAAAGCCCAGAGACUAGAAGUUCCCUUGAGCUCCUCCAGCCCUAGUCAGUCAGUGUCAAUACAUCCUGAGUUAUUACAAUUUGAAGUGUGGUGUGUGCAGACCAGGACCCAAAGCUUCAAGGACUACCUCUCCCCACAUGAACCAACCUGGACCUGGAUUCAUCUGAGGUUCUUCUUCGUGUAUGUACCAUCUCUGAGGUAGAUUCAGAGAGUGACAAUACAAGAACAGGGCCUUUUCAGUGGUGGCUCCCCAGUUAUGGAAUUCCCAGGGAAGCAGCCUGGCACCAUAACCUUUCAGCACCAGGAAAACGUUCAUUUUCAGCCAGGCUUAUGGCCUUAGAUAUAUCAAUGUUUGUAGCUUUUGUUUUGUUUUAGUUUUCCAUUUGUUUUAAUUUUUGUCUUCUGUUGUAAAUUGCUUUGAGUUGGCUUUUUGUUUUAAAAAAGAAAAGAAAGAAAACCUGGCUAAUAAGUCAAAUUCAUUUAUUAAAUUUGUAUACUGCCCUUCAUCCAUAGAUCUCAGGGUGGUUCACAACAUAAAAAUACAAGAUAAAAACACAAAAUACAUAAUAAAAACAAGAACAAAAAACCACAAACCAAUAAGUUCCCAUCCCCUAUCCCCUCCCACAAAUACAUUUAAAAGGGUAUAUGAUGUUAAAGUUAACGUCUCCCAUCUGAAAAAAAAAUCUGGCUUCCCCCUUUAAUUACAUAGUCAGAAAAAAAACACUCUGGAAGGAGCCCUAGAAACAGGAAUAGUGUAGAGACUGAUCCAGAUAUUGCAGUUCACCUAGCCCUGUAACUUACGCCAGAACAUGCCUUUGCCCUCUUCUAUGAGAUAUCCCUUCAGGAAUUUUUAAGAGUUCUCACAGACGACUUUUUUCUUCAGGCUAAACCAAUGCCUUUCUCUUCUUUGAACUGCACAAUGUCACAAAGUACUUUUGAAGCUACUCCCACCACCCACUUUGAAUAGUAAUUUGUUAUGUGAUCUAGGCUGAGUGGGGGCAGAAGAUAAAUCAGGCUAUCUACUGAGUGAUUUGCAGUAAAUCAGCAUGCGUUUCUGACUCUCAAUUGUCUAAAGAUGAGAAGAUGACUUUUCCCACCCCAAUUAGGCUGCUGUUGAAAACAUACCGUACUAGAUUCAGAAUUUCUCCAUUGGGUUCUUUCAUUCUCAUUCUGUGUCUUCUCCACCUGGCUCUGGUUGGUAGACCUUGGGAUCUUAGUUAAAGGGGCGGAAACUAGGCAGAUUCAGGAAGUCUGGAGUCUGCUUACCCUUGAGUAUAAGGAGAUGGCUCUCUAAGGUUGAAAGGUUUUUAGCUGGAGCAAUCAGAAUAAGAUCCACUAUUUGACUAUUGAUUCAAAACCCUAAAAUAUAUUUUAUAUAAUUGACUUUUUAUUUCUAUUCUUUGUAUAUCGUAUUGUUGUUUUAUUGCUAUGGCCGAUGGCUGACACAAAUAAAGAGUUAUUCAUUCAUUCUCUAAGCUUGAACAAGUCUAAGGGCUCACAGUUGGCUUCACAAACUUAGCUCUCCGAUCAUGGCAAAAUCUACAACCCUUCA